AGUGAAUAUAGAGUACUUUCAUAAUGAUAUGUAGGUAUUUUAAUAAAGUCAAUAUACACAGAAACAUUUAAAUACGAGUAUGUUGGAUUAAUCACGUUUAAAUAUCAAACAAAUUAAAGACCAACGUUGUCAAGAAACUCUAAAACAGGCAAUCAGUAAUUCUGUGACGGUAUCUUAUAACUGAAAUGAUCCACCCGGAAUAUUCUAUCAACCCAGGGACCCCGGAAGACCCACCCCAGGUACAAACCGCUAAUGAUGUGGCCAAAAACGAUCCUCCGCCAAGCUACGAAUCCCUGUUUGGUAAGAUUAAGAGGGCAAAAGCGGAAUCAUCGGGGAGAGUGGACUUCGCCAAGAAAAGCUGCUCUAUCUGUACAGAAUCAGUGGUGUUUGCAGUAAUUCUAUGCAUCAUUCUGAUUAUUCCGGUCAGCAUGAUUGUGAUGGGCUCGGUGUUCCUGUAUGACUGUCGCGCCAACGAGAUGGUUCCCGUGUAUCUGGUGGUGCAUGGCGUCUUCCUCAUAAUCGCUAUCAUCUUUGGACUGUUGCAAACACGCUCAGACAAAGACAAGAAAAAAGACAGCAAAAAGGAGAAAACACCCAACGAAAAAUGUAUCGAACUGAUAUCAACCCUCAUCCACGUCUUUUUGAUUGCAUGGUUUUUCUAUGGAAAUACAAUCACAUUCGGAUUAAACUGGGUGUCUUCCCCUGCCACGGCUCGAACCUACUGCCAUCCCUCUCUGUAUUACUACGCCUACUGGGUUAUCAUGUCGGUGUAUAUAUUUAUAGGGAUUGUUGUGUUUGUGUCUCUCUGUGUAGUUUUGUAUUCAUGCAUCUCUGGGUCGAAGGCGAAAAAAUAAUUGUUGAAAAAAAAGAGAGAGAGAGAGAGAGAGAGAGAUAGUAUACAAAACAUGAUAUUAUUUGUUGAUAAUUUUUAGCUGGCAUUUGUUUCAAUUGGAGGCAAAAAUAAUUUCGAAAAUUUACGUUUCUGACUGGCUCGAUCAACAAAAGAUUCACUUGACUUCUAUUUAUAUAAACUAGUUACAUGUACUUAUGACGAAAAACACAAACAUACAUGAAGUCAUUUAUUGAAAUAUCUAAUUGCGUGAAAUACUGAUGUAUAUUGAGGUUUCACUUAAUUAAUGCUUGCAAUCUUUGGAUAUUUACAGUACAUGUACACUCACACUGUUAUAAAUUGUUUAAUUAAUUUGUUAAUCAUCAUCAAAGAAAAAUCACCGUGUGUUUAUGUCGAAUUCAGAUUCGAGAGUUGUACACCGGAUAUUCUAGUAUUGUGACAUGUUGUAAAUUUUGUAUUUACUACCACCCGGUAUAUUCAAAAUUUACAACAUGACAGUUGUAAUGCGGAAAAUGCGGUAAAUAAGAAAAUGACAUCGUGAUGGACUUUGUCCCGUAGAUUGCAGCGAAAAUAGAACCAUUUUAACAGGAGCUUGGACUUUGAGAAGUUGUGUCAAACAGCAAUAUGACGUAGGACUGUUUAUUUCUUUACCACUCGGCUAUGGCUCUUUGAAAUCAACCAGAUUUGUCUGGCUCUUCAGAAAAGACUACGCAAUAUGUGUAGAUUUCACAUUGAAACCAGCGUCGUUUUCAACUUGUUUUGACGCAAGAGAAUGAUAGUUACAUCCUACCAAAAGUCCAAGGUCUUGUUAAAAUGGUUCUAAAACUCUACCAGUAAUUGCACGGUAUAUAGUAACAAUUUUAUUGAUAAGAAUGUUUUAUACCAUUUUCGCCUGCCAAUGGUUUAAUUCAUUCAUUCAUCUAGAUGAUGAGGAUCUGAGAGAUGAGAAUAAACAAAUCGGGCCCUUAGCUAACGAAGUUAGUUUAAUGCACUUUAUUUUUAAUUUCAAAAUGCUUCUACGUGUAUUUGAUAAACACGCAUAGUUUUCAACGAAUUCUGUAAUUGUACAAAAACAAAAGGUAUAAACUUUUAGACAGAGAUACACGUUGCCUACGCUCCAUCCAAUAUUUGGUUUGUUUAUUUUAAUUUGUUUAGUUGCGGUAUUUGUUUCUUUGUUUUGUUUUUCUGGUUUUGAAACAAUAAAUGAUUUAUUGU